GAUCACUAUUUAAACGGGCUGACGCAACGACUUUUAAUAUCAAAACCUAUAUCCGAUUCACAAGUUACGGACACGUUAUAUCACCGCAGAUUUUGGACCUAUUACAGCGGUGGCGUAUGGUAGCUGGGUCUGACAUGAUGCCCGGUCAGAUCCCUGACCCUUCCCUGACGGCCGGCUCCUUGCCCAGCCUGGGCCUGCUGGCCGGCAUAUCUGCCACCACGCUCACCGACCAGCUCAAACUGGCGCAGGACUUCAGGAACCUGGGCGCCAUGUUGUCACCACUGCAUAUUCUGGGACGGCUGGGCAAGAGACCACUCACUGCUAUCAAGGGAGAGAUGGACGAGGACGAUGAGAGGAGGAGACGGAGGAGAGAUAAGAACAAAGUGGCAGCAGCACGAUGUCGGAACAAGAAGAAGGAGAGAACAGACUUCCUCCAAAGGGAGUCGGAGCGUCUGGAGGUGGUGAACUCCGACCUAAAGGCCCAAAUCGAAGAGCUGAGGAUGGAGAGACAGCAGCUAAUGGUGAUGCUCAACCUCCACCGCCCCACCUGCAUCGUCCGCACCGACAGCGUCAAGACCCCUGAGAGCGAGGCCAACCCCCUGCUCGAACUCCUGGCCUCCGAAAAGCUAGAGGCCUCUAAGUGAAACCACAGAGGGAAAGUGAAACCGAAGGGCGGGAAGGAAGGAAGGAAUCCGACAGGAAGAAAAGCAACUGUCGUCGAAGAUGACGAAAGAUUUAAAAAAAAAUCACCUGAUGCUUUUGUUGUUGAAGCACUUAUGUACUGUGUGUUGAGCGCCAAGCUGGAGACUCAAGUAUGCCUUUGCCUAAAAGACCCGGGGUUGUUAGGGUUCCGUUGCCUCGGUAAAACCUCGGUAACGUUACCCGAUUGGGUUCUGAGGGAAGAGGGAGGAGCCUAAAUGCCCAACCCAGUUAUCUCUGCGUCAUAAUAAGUGUUUUGUUUUUGAAACCAAGUCAGUGCCUCACCGUUUACUUACUGCAACCAACCACCAUUACAUUAAGGGACAGAUGGAAGAAGAUAUAUUGUGAUAUAUUUAUAAUAUAUAGUGGAAACUAUCGUUUCGGGAGGGGGAAACACUAAGAUCAAUCACUAUGGUGCUCUGUUACCGGCACUUACCCACUCUUAGACAAACAAAGAGGUUGUUGUGAUAUUCUAAACAUGUGUAACUGUAGAGGCACACAGGUGUACCCAGCCAGUAUACCACGUUGAAAUACACAGGUGUACCCAGCCAGUAUACUGUAUAGUAUACUGUAUACCACGUUGAAAUACACAGGUGUACCCAGCCAGUAUACUGUAUACCACGUUGAAAUACACAGGUGUACCCAGCCAGUAUACCACGUUGAAAUACACAGGUGUACCCAGCCAGUAUACUGUAUACCACGUUGAAAUAAACAGGUGUACCCAGCCAGUAUACUGUAUACCACGUUGAAAUACACAGGUGUACCCAGCCAGUAUACUGUAUACCACGUUGAAAUACACAGGUGUACCCAGCCAGUAUACUGUAUACCACGUUGAAAUACACAGGUGUACCCAGCCAGUAUACUGUAUACCACGUUGAAAUACACAGGUGUACCCAGCCAGUAUACAGUAUACCACGUUGAAAUACACAGGUGUACCCAGCCAGUAUACUGUAUACCACGUUGAAAUACACAGGUGUACCCAGCCAGUAUACUGUAUACCACGUUGAAAUAAACAGGUGUACCCAGCCAGUAUACUGUAUACCACGUUGAAAUGCACAGGUGUACCCAGCCAGUAUACUGUAUACCACGUUGAAAUAAACAGGUGUACCCAGCCAGUAUACUGUAUACCACGUUGAAAUACACAGGUGUACCCAGCCAGUAUACUGUAUACCACGUUGAAAUACACAGGUGUACCCAGCCAGUAUACCACGUUGAAAUACACAGGUGUACCCAGCCAGUAUACCACGUUGAAAUACACAGGUGUACCCAGCCAGUAUACAGUAUACCACGUUGAAAUACACAGGUGUACCCAGCCAGUAUACAGUAUACCACGUUGAAAUACACAGGUGUACCCAGCCAGUAUACUGUAUACCACGUUGAAAUACACAGGUGUACCCAGCCAGUAUACUGUAUAGUAUACUGUAUACCACGUUGAAAUACACAGGUGUACCCAGCCAGUAUACAGUAUACCACGUUGAAAUACACAGGUGUACCGAGCCAGUAUACUGUAUACCACGUUGAAAUACACAGGUGUACCCAGCCAGUAUACCACGUUGAAAUACACAGGUGUACCCAGCCAGUAUACCACGUUGAAAUACACAGGUGUACCCAGCCAGUAUACCACGUUGAAAUACACAGGUGUACCCAGCCAGUAUACAGUAUACCACGUUGAAAUACACAGGUGUACCCAGCCAGUAUACAGUAUACCACGUUGAAAUACACAGGUGUACCCAGCCAGUAUACUGUAUACCACGUUGAAAUACACAGGUGUACCCAGCCAGUAUACUGUAUAGUAUACUGUAUACCACGUUGAAAUACACAGGUGUACCCAGCCAGUAUACCACGUUGAAAUACACAGGUGUACCCAGCCAGUAUACAGUAUACCACGUUGAAAUACACAGGUGUACCCAGCCAGUAUACAGUAUACCACGUUGAAAUACACAGGUGUACCCAGCCAGUAUACCACGUUGAAAUACACAGGUGUACCCAGCCAGUAUACUGUAUACCACGUUGAAAUAAACAGGUGUACCCAGCCAGUAUACUGUAUACCACGUUGAAAUACACAGGUGUACCCAGCCAGUAUACUGUAUACCACGUUGAAAUACACAGGUGUACCCAGCCAGUAUACUGUAUACCACGUUGAAAUACACAGGUGUACCCAGCCAGUAUACUGUAUACCACGUUGAAAUACACAGGUGUACCCAGCCAGUAUACUGUAUACCACGUUGAAAUACACAGGUGUACCCAGCCAGUAUACAGUAUACCACGUUGAAAUACACAGGUGUACCCAGCCAGUAUACUGUAUACCACGUUGAAAUACACAGGUGUACCCAGCCAGUAUACCGUAUACCACGUUGAAAUAAACAGGUGUACCCAGCCAGUAUACUGUAUACCACGUUGAAAUGCACAGGUGUACCCAGCCAGUAUACUGUAUACCACGUUGAAAUAAACAGGUGUACCCAGCCAGUAUACUGUAUACCACGUUGAAAUACACAGGUGUACCCAGCCAGUAUACCACGUUGAAAUACACAGGUGUACCCAGCCAGUAUACUGUAUACCACGUUGAAAUACACAGGUGUACCCAGCCAGUAUACAGUAUACCACGUUGAAAUACACAGGUGUACCCAGCCAGUAUACAGUAUACCACGUUGAAAUACACAGGUGUACCCAGCCAGUAUACCACGUUGAAAUACACAGGUGUACCCAGCCAGUAUACAGUAUACCACGUUGAAAUGCACAGGUGUACCCAGCCAGUAUACUGUAUACCACGUUGAAAUACACAGGUGUACCCAGCCAGUAUACCACGUUGAAAUACACAGGUGUACCCAGCCAGUAUACCACGUUGAAAUACACAGGUGUACCCAGCCAGUAUACUGUAUACCACGUUGAAAUACACAGGUGUACCCAGCGAGUAUACUGUAUACCACGUUGAAAUAAACAGGUGUACCCAGCCAGUAUACUGUAUACCACAUUGAAAAACACAGGUGUACCCAGCCAGUAUACUGUAUACCACGUUGAAAUAAACAGGUGUACCCAGCCAGUAUACUGUAUACCACGUUGAAAUACACAGGUGUACCCAGCCAGUAUACCACGUUGAAAUACACAGGUGUACCCAGCCAGUAUACAGUAUACCACGUUGAAAUACACAGGUGUACCCAGCCAGUAUACCACAUUGAAAUACACAGGUGUACCCAGCCAGUAUACCACAUUGAAAUACACAGGUGUACCCAGCCAGUAUACAGUAUACCACGUUGAAAUAAACAGGUGUACCCAGCCAGUAUACAGUAUACCACGUUGAAAUACACAGGUGUACCCAGCCAGUAUACUGUAUACCACGUUGAAAUACACAGGUGUACCCAGCCAGUAUACCACGUUGAAAUACACAGGUGUACCCAGCCAGUAUACCACAUUGAAAUACACAGGUGUACCCAGCCAGUAUACCACGUUGAAAUACACAGGUGUACCCAGCCAGUAUACAGUAUACCACGUUGAAAUAAACAGGUGUACCCAGCCAGUAUACAGUAUACCACGUUGAAAUAAACAGGUGUACCCAGCCAGUAUACAGUAUACCACGUUGAAAUAAACAGGUGUACCCAGCCAGUAUACUGUAUACCACGUUGAAAUAAACAGGUGUACCCAGCCAGUAUACUGUAUACCACGUUGAAAUACACAGGUGUACCCAGCCAGUAUACUGUAUACCACGUUGAAAUAAACAGGUGUACCCAGCCAGUAUACUGUAUACCACGUUGAAAUACACAGGUGUACCCAGCCAGUAUACUGUAUACCACGUUGAAAUAAACAGGUGUAGUAUUAUUCUAGGAUUUGUUCAUUACCAAGUUGGAACAUAUUUCUAUUGCAUAUUAUAAUGCUUGUUGUUGUUGUUGUUGUUGUUGUAUAUCCGCUGCCUUGACGACAGCAGUAUCCGGUUGAUCCGAUUGGAGGUGACGCUGGCGUCAUGGAAUAAAUGCACAUAUAUAUAUAUACUAUAUGAAAUAAAUGCACAUAUAUAUAUAUACUAUAUGAAAUAAUGUUUACGCUCCUGUUGUUUAUAAAAUAACAUUUUAGAAAAGGCGUUGUUAAUUCAAAUGUCUGUACUUCAAUAUACUUAUUUUAUACCGUUUUUAUAAGUGACAUAUACAUUGUGUAUGAAAAGCCUUGUAAUUGUUGAAAUCACUUGAUGUGAUUUUUGUAUAUGUGACAUCAGUGUCCCGUUGUAUUUUUUCAAUAUUAAAAGGACCCAGAGCAGUCAA